CUCCCUUCCUCCACACACACCUUCUGUAAAAUUUGAACAGAAUAUAUACACAUACAUAUAUACAUAUAUAUAUAAACUCAGCUCCUUUCACAACUCAACCCACAACCCAGUACUAAUUCUUACACAAUUCAAACAUUUUCUCAACCAACUUAUCCUCUCUCUUUUUUCAUUACAAGGGUUUCUUCAUGUGCAGUGGUUCAAAGAGUAAACUUUGCCCUUUUGAUUUGGAAAUGGAAACUGGAUUUCAAGAUGAUAAAAAUGGGAUCUUGAACACAAAUUUGCUUGAUUUGGCAGCUACGGACGAUUUGGCUGGUUUUAUCCAUGGAGUAGAAGAAAAGGGGUGUGAUCUUAACAAGGCAAGCUUUUGGUACGGCAAAAGCUUCGGCUCGAAGAAGAUGGCUAUGGAGGAAAGAACCCCCAUCAUGAUUGCUUCUUUAUACGGGAGCACCAACGUUUUGAACUACAUAAUAAGCACCGGCCUAGUCGACCCCAAUCGAGCUUGCGGCUCUGAUGGCGCCACCGCCCUCCACUGCGCUGCCGCCGGCGGCUCACCGUCAUCUGCCGAUGCGGUUAAGAUCCUGAUUGAUGCCUCUGGCGACAUCCACGCCCUCGAUUCCAACGGGAAGAAGCCGAGCGAUGUGAUCGCGCCAUGUGUCAAGCCCUCGUUCAAUUCGAAGAGGAGAUCACUCGAGAUGCUGCUGAAUGGAAUUAACGGAAUCGAUUCCGAUUUCCCGGAAGUUGAAGAAGAAGAAGGGAGAGUGGAGAAGAAAGAGUACCCGGUCGAUGUAUCCAUGCCCGACAUAAACGAGGGUGUUUACGGGUCGGCCGAGUUCAGGAUGUAUAGCUUCAAGGUGAAGCCUUGCUCGAGGGCUUACUCGCACGACUGGACCGAGUGCCCCUUCGUCCACCCUGGCGAGAACGCGAGGAGGCGUGACCCCAAGAAGUACCACUACUCUUGCGUACCCUGCCCCGAUUUCAAGAAGGGAGCCUGCAUAAAGGGGGAUUCUUGCGAGUAUGCACAUGGUGUAUUCGAAUCUUGGCUCCAUCCUGCCCAAUACAGAACCCGUUUGUGCAAAGACGAAACGGGUUGUUCAAGAAAAGUUUGCUUCUUUGCACACAAGCACGAGGAAUUGAGGCCGUUGUACGCUUCGACGGGGUCUGCUAUGCCCUCUCCUAAGCCCGUUCCGGUGGAGUUGAGCCCAUCUCCACCAAUGUCCCCGUCGGUGGUUAAUUGCUCGUCUCCCAUGUGGAUGCAGAACAAGAUGGCGAGCCUUUCCACACCGCCGCCUUCUCUGCAGCUGCCGGGCAGCCGCCUCAAGUCUGCCUUGAGCGCGAGAGAUGUCGAAUUCAAUAUGGAAUUGCUCGGAUUGGAGAGAAUCCGAACCCAACAACAGCAGAGGCAACUGGUGGAGGAGAUGGCUGGCUUGUCUUCUUCCCCGUACAGAGAUUUCAUCAAACCUACGAAUCUUGAAGAUGUCUUUGGAUCUCUCGAUCCUUCGUUGCUAUUCUCGCCGAAAAUCAACAACAACAACACCAGCAACACGAGCUCUCCGACUGGGUUUCAGAUUCGUCAGAACGCGAACCAGCUUCGGGCGAGCUACCCUUCGAACGGGGCUUCUUACGGAGGGUUCGACUCGUCUGCAGCCGUGGCUGCAGCGGUGAUGAAUUCGAGGUCGACUGCAUUUUCGAAACGGAGCCAGAGCUUUGUUGACCGGAGUGGAGGUGGCUACAACAACCGGGUCGGGUUUGCGGGUUCGCCCAAAUCGCCCGGCCCGUUGAUGAAUUCUAAUAGUCUUUCGGAUUGGAGCUCCCCGGAUGGGAGGUUGGAUUGGGGAUUUAGUGGCGACGACGCCAACAAGCUCAGAAAGUCGGCUUCUUUUGGUCUUCGAAGCGGUGCACCAGUGGCAACGGGCAUGGGUCGACCCGAAUUGGACGGGUCGGACGGGUCGUGGGUUCAAUCAAUGGUGAGAGAUGGUUCGGGCCGAGGUGGUCCGGGCCAUGAUAUGAUGCCUCAUUGGGUUGAUCAGAUGUACAUGGAGCAGGAGCAGAUGAUUCUUAUUGAUGGGGAAGUGAAGAAAAAACAUGACAAGUUCUUGGGGGAGGUACUAGCCCACACAAUUUUUUUCUUUUUGCAAAAUAGAACAAUAAAUUUUAUUUUCUUGAAUAUCCAACAUAAUAAUAAAUUUAUAAUUACCGGCGGUUUUAGUCUCUACUUUCGUUCACUCUCUCCGGCAGCAGCAAAAAUGCUCUCAGGUAUAAAUGUUGGAGUUCAGCUUCUGCCUAAAGUCUCUAGUGUUCGAAAAUUUCCAGAUCUGCACUGUGAAGACGUGCAUUUAUCUAGCAGCCGAACUUUGACAAAGAUGAAAACAUGUGCAUCAAAUCAGCCGAUACAAAUUUCUUCUGCUAACAAGGAACAUGAACAUAACAGACCUCUAGUUAAAAUGUGUGGAAUCACAUCAGCGAGAGACGCUGCUAUAGCAGCAGAAGCAGGUGCAGAUUUUAUCGGAAUGAUUAUUUGGCCCAACUCAAAAAGGUCCGUUUCCCUUUCUGUAGCUAAAGAGAUUUCAAAAGCGGCACGGGAAAACGGAGCUCAACCGAUUGGCGUAUUUGUGGAUGAUGAUGCGGAAACAAUGCUGAGAGCUGCUGAUAAAGCAGGACUCGAAUACGUGCAGCUUCAUGGACAUGGUUCUCGAAAUGCUUUUCUUGAUGUAGUGAAAGAAAAUAAAAUAAUAUAUGUUCUUCACGCAAACGAGGAAGGGAAUCUUUUGAAUUCUGUUUCUGAUGAAGAAUGCUCUCAAGUUGAUUGGGUUCUUGUUGACAGCGCGAAAGGUGGCAGUGGUAAAGGAUUUAAUUGGUCGAAGUUUAAGCUACCACCGAUUAGGAGUAAACGAGGAUGGAUGCUAGCUGGUGGGAUUAAUCCAGAAAAUGUGUAUGAAGCACUUUCUACACUCAGGCCAACUGGAAUUGAUGUGAGCAGUGGCAUUUGUGCCACAGACGGCAUACAAAAAGAUAACUCGAGAAUAUUGUCUUUCAUGACGGCAGUUAAUUCUGUGCAUUAUUGAGUGACGAUGCUCAACGAAUCUUUCCUUCUCAAAACCAUGCAAAAUAGUACGUGGUAAUAUCUCUAAAACCAGUUUAUGUUUUCUGUUCGUAAUUCUUAAGUUAUGACGCAUCACAGUCUCCGAUAAUCUUUGUUUCUCUUUAUUUUCAUCGGUCGGGUCUCUUGUAUCGUAUGACAUUCUUUUAUUAGUGGAAUAAGAAACCAUUGCUUUGUUGAUUA